ACACAGAAUAUGCUGUGGAUUUAUCACUAACUGGAGUUACUUUUCUAGUUAAAAUCAGCUUGGAAGAGGCGCUGUCAUCUAUCCCACCGCCCGUAACAUAUUCUCCGAAAUGUACUAUAUCGAAGACCACUACGAAAGUUAAUGGUGACCCGCCGACGAGUAUACUGCUUUGGGAUGACUUUCUCGAGGAAGUGAACCGAUUCCGCUUCGAUCAACAAUCGAGAUUCGAGAGACCGAAAUUUAAUGAUAAAUUUGUUGUGAUCCAUGAAGAGGUUCUUCGUAAUGCCAUGAAUGUCAAUGUUUGUAUGAUAUUGAAUGAUCUUAUUGGACCCGAUUUUGAAUAUUCGAUGCGACGAACUCAUGCUCCUGGUAUACCAGAUUUCACCUGUCACUAUCUUGUGGAAUCAUUGAGCUUGGUGAUUGAAGUUAAAAGAAAGCAUGUGUUAGAAGAUAUCAAUGGACAGACAUUUCCUGAGUUCUACCAGGCGAAUGAAAAGGCAAAAAUGGUGAUCCAACAAGUUUACAAUUAUAUGGGAGCAAAUGAGCUUAGAUAUGACUUUAAGUUUAUGGAUAUACUAGGUGAAGGCCGAAGUGGUAAAACGCUCUUAUGUGAAUUUCGCGGUGAAAAAAUUGCUUUAAAGACUGUCGACUUAGCAAAAGCGCCAUCGUAUGUUCUGGAAGAAAUGCAAAAAGAAAUAGAGAUCUAUGAAAGUCUUGCUGAUAUCCAGGGACAAUAUAUUCCGAAAUUGGUUUGCCAUGGGUAUUUUGGAGGAGGGAUGUGCUUCAUUAUUGGAUUGACCAUUGUUGGUACCCCAUUGGAUGAACAUAAAAUAACGAAGCAACAAAGGUCAAGAGCCCUUAAGGCAUUAGAAGCCAUCCACAAACACGGAAUUCUCCACAAUGAUGUUCGGGAGGAAAAUAUUUUGGUUCAUGACAGUGGGGACAUCUACUUGAUAGAUUUUGGGAUGGCAAGUUGGGCAGACACAAAAAAGAAGCGAAAGCUUUUUGAGGAAGAACAGUUGAAAUUAUCUCAUUUACUAGACAAAUAUACAGUCAUGCCUUUCCACAAUCACCCUGUCAGUUCCCAGGAAUCUGAUGACUGUACAGAGGAUGUGACUACAAAAACUGUCUUAUGUAACUGA